UUCAUGAAAUAGCUACUUACGUCAAUCACAACAUGAAUACCAGGUUCACUGGAAUAGAAUUGGGACCUCCCAUCGAGGUUUUUGCGUUGCAAAAAACAUUUGUCGAUGAUACUUAUGAAAAUAAAGUUAAUCUUCUCGUAGGAGCUUAUCGUACUAAUGAAGGAAAACCAUGGGUUCUGCCAGUUGUAAGAAAGGUAGAGAAGUUGCUUGCUGCCGAUGAUUUACAAAAUCAUGAAUAUUUACCAGUUCUUGGCUUAGAAGCAUUCUGUGAAGCUGCUACAAGUAUGUUGUUAGGUGCAAAUUCUCCUGUUAUUGCACAAGGACGAGCCUUUGGUAUUCAGUCGCUUUCUGGUACCGGGGCACUGCGGGUUGCCGCUGAAUUUUUGAGUCGUAUUCUACAUUACGAUACCUUCUACUAUAGUAAACCUUCUUGGGAUUAUGUGCUGGCAGAAAAUCACAGACUGGUAUUUACUAAUGGAGGAUUUAAAAACGCUCAUGAAUAUACAUAUUGGGAUGAAAAGACUCGUAAUAUCGAUUUAGAAGGAAUGCUCCAUGAUUUACGAGAAGCUCCAGAAAAUGCUGUUAUUAUUCUACAUUCAUGUGCACAUAAUCCUACCGGGUGCGAUCCAACUCCAAAGCAAUGGACUAAAAUUGCUGAUGUGAUACAGGAAAAAAGACUUUUUCCGUUAUUCGAUAGUGCAUAUCAGGAUAAUUUUCCUUAA